CGGGGCAAGUACGCGGCUCUGAGCCAUUGCUGGGGCAGCCCCGGACAGCAGCCUUUCACCACGACGGCGGACAACCUCGCCAGCCGCCAGAGCGGCAUCGACUUCCAGCAUCUGCCGCCCACUUUUCGAGACGCCGUCAUCGUUGCGAGCGAACUUGGCGUCCAGAACCUGUGGAUCGACUCCCUCUGCAUCAUCCAAGACGACGCCGACGACUGGGCGAGGGAAUCGAUUCGGAUGGCGGCCGUCUACGGUAAAGCCCACGUCACCAUCGCG